GUUGGAAACUACUAUUAUGGCCAAGGACAUCCCAUGAAACCCCACAGGAUCCGGAUGACCCACAACCUCCACUACAGGAAGAUGGAGAUAUAUCGCCCUCACAAGGCAAAUGCAGAAGAAAUGACCAAGUACCACAGUGAUGACUACAUAAAAUUUCUGAGAUCUAUUCGCCCAGAUAACAUGUCUGAGUACAGCAAGCAGAUGCAAAGAUUUAAUGUUGGGGAAGACUGCCCUGUGUUUGAUGGGUUGUUUGAGUUUUGUCAGCUCUCUGCUGGAGGCUCAGUUGCCAGUGCUGUGAAGCUGAACAAGCAACAGACAGAUAUCGCUGUGAAUUGGGCGGGAGGCCUUCACCACGCUAAAAAGUCAGAGGCUUCUGGCUUCUGUUAUGUCAACGAUAUCGUCUUGGCUAUCUUGGAGCUCUUAAAGUAUCACCAGAGGGUCCUGUAUAUUGACAUUGAUAUCCACCAUGGAGACGGCGUGGAGGAAGCCUUUUACACCACAGACCGCGUGAUGACCGUGUCCUUCCAUAAGUACGGAGAAUACUUCCCAGGAACAGGGGACCUGCGGGAUAUUGGUGCAGGCAAAGGCAAGUACUACGCUGUCAACUAUCCCCUCCGGGACGGAAUUGAUGAUGAGUCCUAUGAGGCAAUAUUCAAGCCGGUGAUAUCUAAAGUGAUGGAGACGUUCCAGCCUAGCGCAGUUGUCUUGCAGUGUGGGUCAGACUCUCUGUCAGGGGACAGGCUGGGUUGUUUUAAUCUGACCAUCAAAGGUCAUGCCAAGUGUGUGGAGUUCGUAAAAAGUUUUAAUUUGCCUAUGCUGAUGCUGGGAGGAGGUGGCUAUACGAUCCGCAACGUGGCUCGGUGCUGGACCUAUGAGACUGCUGUGGCUUUGGACACUGAAAUUCCCAAUGAGCUUCCAUAUAAUGACUAUUUUGAGUACUUUGGACCAGACUUUAAGCUCCACAUCAGUCCCUCGAACAUGACUAACCAGAAUACCAACGAGUAUCUCGAGAAGAUCAAGCAACGUCUAUUUGAGAAUCUGCGCAUGCUGCCUCAUGCCCCUGGCGUCCAGAUGCAGCCAAUUCCUGAGGAUGCUGUUCAGGAAGACAGUGGAGACGAAGAGGAAGAAGAUCCUGAGAAACGCAUUUCAAUCCGCAAUUCUGAUAAAAGAAUAUCCUGUGAUGAAGAAUUCUCGGACUCUGAAGAUGAAGGAGAAGGAGGGCGCAAAAAUGUCGCCAACUUUAAGAAAGCUAAGCGUGUGAAAACAGAAGAGGAAAAGGAGGAAGAGGAGAAGAAAGAUGAGCCAGAAGAGGAAAAAGCAAAAGAGGAGAAAGCAGAACCCAAAGGGGUGAAGGAAGAGACGAAAUCCACCUAAGGAGAUGGCUGCAGCUGGCCAGGACCUGUCAGUGCGUAGUUGUCAUAGGUUAGCUUCUGAUUGCCUCCCAUUCCACAGGAUUUAUAUUUUAUAUAUGUUUCUGUAUAUAUUUCUAUAU